GCGAUGAUCAGUGUCCUCUUGCCGUACAUAGCAGUUGAACUGUUACUGGUCACUUACCCGUUUGGGUAUCAUCGUCUCCUCACGUUCUUCCCAUAUACUUUCUUCGUCUAUUCUCUUUCCGCUGUCGAUCUAGUCAGUCGGUAUGAAUCACGGAGCCCCCCAGGUAUGCCAUCAUUGCAAGCAACCCGGGCAUUUCAUUAGGGACUGCCAGCUUCGGCAGAUCCCGAAUGUCGCCGCUUUGUUAGGCGGCAAUAGAGGUGAUGCGAAUCGAGAACCGGCGCCUCAGGAUAUUGACGGGCUGCUGCCCGCUCCGAACGCGAUUGUUCCAUACAGAGCGCCGGCGGCGAACGGUGGUCGACGGGAAGCUACCCGGACCGGUUCUAAUCAAGGAUAUGGAAUAACGCAUAAUGGUUGGUGGGCUGAGAAUCGGGAGAGAGAAAAGGAAGACAAAUUUAACAGAGUUUGGAGUUGGUACUCCGAGGAGAUGGAUAAUAAAGAGAGAGAGAAGCAAGCGAGGGAACAAAAAUUGAGGGAGGAGGAAGAGCUAAAGAAGUUACAGCAAGUGGAGGAAGAACGAAGCAAAGCGAAGAAGGAGAGGGAGGAUUUUGAACGAUCCAUUGGGAGAAUGGUUAAAGACAAUAUGAAAGAAGUUUGUGAUCAGGUGUUGGGGAAGAAAGCAGGCUCCAAUCAAGGUACGACUGUGGGCAUCAGCAGUGAAGCUCAGAGCAGGGAAUGGGAGAAUCGAUGGCGAAAAGAGGAUGCCGCUGCGAGGGAACAGAUUGAAAGACAGAGAAUCGAGGAGGAGGUCGAUCGCCAAAACGAGAGAAUGAAGAGCUGAUCAAGCAGGCUUCGGGGAGAACUAAUAGGGAAUUGGAUUCCCUCAAGGCGGAUAAUCAAGCGAUCGUGCAUGA